GCAUCAUUUAUUUCAGAUUUAGUUCGGAGAGUUUUGCUUCGAGAAGCGGAAAUGACGCAGCGUCUUCAGCGGCCUGGUUCUGUUUAAACGUCUUUAGACAGAGACGUUGAAGAAACGUUUCUGUUUCCUCUCGUUUGGAGUUUAAACUGAUUUAUCUUCCAUAAUCUGAGCUCAAUUAUCUCCGGCUUCCUGUUUUAUUUCAUAAUUUUACCGAACCGGGUCUUUAUUUCGAUCACGUGAUCUGGUAAGGCAGUCACCAUGGUGACACUGGCUUCGCUGAAAAUGGCCGCCGCAGCGUGAGGCAGAGUUUAGGCUGUUCCGGCUCGGUUCUGGUUGAAUCCGGCGAAACUUUGAGACCAGAACCGUGAAAAUGUUCGCGGAUGAAGAUCUGGACUCUGUGAGCGUGGAGUCAGUGUGGAGGAAAUCCCAGCAGGGGGCGCAAGAGUCGAGAGCCUGUCAGACCCCCGCUGUGACCACAGAGCAUGCUGGAGUCCAGACCGGGUCCAAAACCUCCAGGUUCACCCAGACGGAACCACAGGAGCAGAUGGACCCGAAGCGAGUCUUCAGUGGUUCUGGUUCUGAUCCACCCGGGCUGGUGGAUUUUCUGAGGCGGGUCGAGGAGCUGCUCAUCCGGGAGCUGGAGAAGAACUCCAGGAGUCACGCUUUUGACGGGUUCCGGGCAAACUGGGAGGAGAGAAGCCAACAGGUUUCCCAUCUCCACAGGCUUGAACAUCCCGGCGCUCAGGAACAAGGCCUCCAUGUGACCGCCGUGUCCUGGAGCUGCACAGGGUCGGUCAUCGCCUGCGCCUACGGUCGAACCGACGACGGAGACUGGACCAACCAGAAGUCGUGUGUCUGCCUGUGGAACCUGGACCGACGCGGCCUGAGGCCCAAACAGCCGGACCUGGUUCUGGACGUUCCUGCAGCCGUUACCGCCGUGUGCUGCCACCCGGAGCGGCCCGCGCUGAUCACAGGAGGCCUGUACAACGGUGAGGUGGUGGUGUGGGACACCAGCCGGACUCAGGACCCAGUUCUGGCCCAGACCGGGAUGUCAGCAGACAGCCACAGGGAGCCGGUGUAUCAGGUGUUCUGGGUUCCGCUGGAGAAGAAAGGAGAGUUUGGAGUUCUGAGUUCCAGUUCUGGAGGCAGGGUUCUGCUGUGGACGGUGGACCCGGACCAAGGCAGGAUGGUUCUGGUCGCCGCGUACGCCUUUGUACAGCAGCAGGUUCCCCACAGCAGCAGGAUGAAGGUCCGCGGCGGCAGCACGGUGGGCGUCACGGCGACGGCUCUGUCUCCGUGGGACCCGGACACGUUCCUGGUCGGGUCCGAAGGCGGCCUGCUGCUCCGGUGCUCCUUCUCCUCCCAGACGCCGGCCGCCGUGACCUCUGAAGGUCGCAGCGUGACCCCCAGGGCUCCGGCCGUGUUCUCCUUCAGGCCGUCCGGCGGCCCGGUCCACUCCAUCCACUGCUCGCCGUUCCACCGGAACCUGUUUGCCAGCGCAGGAACCGACGGCCUGGUCCAGGUCCGCUCGCUGCUGCAGGCCGACCCGCUGCUGUCCGUCCGGGUUUCGGACUCCUACGUCUUCCAGGUCCAGUGGUCCCCCAGCCGGCCGCUGGUGUUCGCCGCCGCCACCGGGCCAGGUGAGGUCCAGAUCUUCGACCUGGCCCGGAAGUCCCUGAGACCCGCCGGAACCAUCCAGGACGGCGCUCCGGGUCGGACCGCCACCUGCCUGGCCUUUAACAGCCAGAACCACCGGCUGCUGGCGGCGGGUCGGUCCGACGGGUCGGUCGGCAUCUGGCGGCUCAGCUCGGAGCUGACGGAGCAGAGACCCUCAGAGAGCCUGCAGCUGGAGCAGAUAGCCAAUCAGGUGGCAGAGUGACAGCCUCGCAGCCAAUCAGGUUUCUGUACUGGACUAACUGGGAAAUAAAGAGUCGGUUUCCAGUGGUAA